AACACUAAUUGUUUCUCGAAACUAGAAACAUCAUAACCGAAGAUCCCACCAUGGUCUCUUCUCUUUCUCUCUCAGCCUCUUUCUCUGUUUUUCAAAUUUAUCCUCCGUCACCUUCCCGUGCCAGAUUCCGACCACCUCUCGCAGCUACCGCCACCGCCACCGCUGAAGCCACUACCACCGCCAGCUCUUACACUUCGAAACAAGAGAGAGGUUCUACGAGCGGUGGUUUUCUGAGCCGUCCAGCAAUGGCAGCGACAUGCACGUCGCUAUACGAGGUGCUAGGGAUUUCGGUUGGUGCUUCGAACCAGGAAAUCAAGGCGGCGUACCGUCGAUUGGCAAGGGUUUGUCAUCCGGACGUGGCAGCAAUCGAUCGGAAAGAUUCAUCGGCCGACGAGUUCAUGAAGAUCCAUGCGGCUUAUAGCACCUUAUCGGAUCCCGAGAAACGAGCCGUCUAUGAUAGUAAGCUUAUCUGGAGACGCCAACGGCCGUUGACUUCGGCUUCUAGGUUUUGUGGAUAUACAGGGAGGAGUUGGGAGACCGAUCAGUGCUGGUAAACGAGUUGACUCUCUCAAUUACGCUACGGAGUUAGAAGUUGAGCUCAUCAACGGUUUCUAAUUUCCGUAAGUUUGUACAGUUAGUCGGUUAAUUAUGUAUCUCAGAAAAAACAAAAAACCGAUUUACUAACGCGAAAAAAAAAAAAAGAAGACCGGAAGAUUUGGCCGGAGAAAUCAGAGGCGUUGAUUGUGCCACGUAAGAGCUCUGCUCUUUUUUUAGCCUUUGCGCUUGGCUGAUGCAUAGAAGAAGACUAAGAAAAACAUGAAUCCCUUCCCUUUGUACUUUUACAGUUAUCAAAAUCACAAUUACAAACGAAAAAACAAGGGUUUUCUUUGCUCGA